CUGGAAGCUGCAUUAAAUUAAGGCCAAAAGAAUACACAUCUCCAUGCUUUGCUUUUUAUCAGCGAUGGUGGUGGUGGACGAAACAAAGCCAGAAUCUGCACCCCACCUUCUUCUAUGCUCCUUUUUCUUCUGUCUCCCAUCUUCUACUGCUGUAUCACUCAGUUUAAAUUCCAUGUAACUUGUUGCUAAUCAGUAUUACCUUCUCUCUUGAGGGAGAUUAGAGGAUCAGCAAUCCGAAAAUUGGAACUCAGCUGCUGAUUUUUCAGCUUGUUAGCUUCGCAGAUUUUUGUUCUGAAGCUAUCUGAGCUGAAUAACAAGAUGGGUAUUGGUAACCAGCAGGCUAUCGGGCAGAUGCAAGCUCUGAUGGAAAACGUGGAUGAGCAACUGAAGAACACGUUUGAGAACAUGCACCAGGGCUAUCCAACUGAAUCAUUUAUACAGUUUCUCAAAGCAAGGGACUGGAAUGUUGCCAAGGCACAUAAAAUGUUAGUUGAUUGUUUGAAAUGGAGAGUGGAAAAUGAGAUUGAUACCGUCUUGGCGCAGAGACCUAUCCCUGCUGACUUGUGUAGAGCUGUACGAGAUUCUCAGCUCAUAGGAAUGUCUGGUUACACAAAAGAGGGUUUACCUGUCAUUGCUGUUGGUGUUGGGCUCAGCACUUAUGACAAAGCACCGGAGCACUACUAUGUACAGUCACACAUCCAAAUGAACGAGUAUAGGGAUCAAGUGAUAUUGCCAAAAGCUACAAAGAAGCAUGGCCGAUUCAUUGGCACCUGUGUGAAAGUCUUUGAUAUGACUGGUUUAAAAAUAUCAGCAUUGAACCAAUUGAGGCUUCUGACUGCAAUGUCUACCAUAGAUGACUUGAACUAUCCAGAAAAGACAGACACAUACUAUAUAGUUAACACGCCGUAUGUAUUCUCUGCAUGUUGGAAGGUUGUAAAACCUCUUUUGCAAGAAAGAACAAGAAGGAAGAUCCAGGUGCUGCAAGGUUGUGGGAGAGAUGAGCUACUCAAGGUUAUGGACUUUGCAUCUCUCCCACACUUUUGCAGAAAGGAGAGUUCAAAGUCAUCUCGACAGAACAAUAAGGCAGCAGGAACUACUGAAAAUUGCUUCUCCUUUGAUCAUGCUUUCCAUCAAGAGCUCUAUAAUUACAUCAAUCAGCAAACUGCAGUUAGGAAGUCCUUUUCACCAACGAGACGGGGAUCUUUCCACGUGGACUUGCCAGAGCCAGACCCAGAUGAUGCCAGAAUUGCCAGAACCAUUGAAACACAGCUCCACAGGCUGGGAAAUCUGAAUGGUCUUAUAGUUAAUAGUAAUUGAAGUCAUUGAAGCCCUGAGAAUACUUACUGGCAACACUUUUCUGUACUCUUUCAGAACUCAAGGCACUUACAGUUAAGCGCUUUAUGACCCCUUUUCAUAAAAGGUGCUACACUUCAAAAAAAAAGAAAAAAAGAAAAAAAGAGUUAUACCAACUUCUUGGAUGUAAUACUGAAAUGUCUGCAUCAGUUCGAUGCAGGCUAUAUAUAUGUGGGUAAAAUACCUUAAUUAAUAAAACCUUGUGAGUCAUUAGUAUUCUCAAUAAAGAAUU